GACAACAGGAGUUGUAGACGGCAGACAAGGAGGGCAGGGGGCAGCCAAUGAUUUUUUGUGCUGUGUUUACCACCCUCUGCAGUCUCUUCUUGUCUGCCUCCGUGCAGCUGGCGUGCCACACUGUCACUGCAUAGGUAGGUCACCAGCAGCAGGGUGUUUAGUUGCUCCUUCGUGAGCACCCUUAGGAAGUGUAGCCGCUGCUGCGCUUUCUUGACUAGGGCUUGACUAGUGAUGACAGGGGUUAGUGCAAUUGGACGGAAGUCAUUGAGACUGGUUAUGGGUGAUUUUUUGGGGAUGGGGAUGAUUAUGGUAGAUUUCAGGCAGGGUGGAAUGACGGCUUGUUCCAGAGACAGGUUGAAGAUGUCAGUGAAGACCUGUGCUAGCUGCUCGGCACAUGCUUUGAGGACCUUCCCAGGUACUCCAUCGGGGCCUGCAGACUUCCUGGGGUUCGCUGCACAGAGUACACGCCUCACAUCCUGUCUCUCAAGAGUGAGUGGGGGAUUGCUAGAGGCUGGUGUGGGUUGUGGUGGUCUCUGACUUUUAGUUCAGGCCUCUUCCUGCUGACGGGGAGUUUUGGCCUGGUUUUUCACACUGACCUCAUCUCUGUGGUUUUAAAGUGAGCAUCUGCAGCUGAAACGAUCAGACUUCCUGUUUUCGUGAUGAAAACCGAGACUCUUCAUCACUCAGACUGGCUGUAAUCUUGUUUCUCAGAGUUCAAACCCAUCACGCCGCACUGAGCUUGUUUUUUAAAAGCUCCUGUAAGAAAGUUUCACCUGAAGAGCUGCUCUCAGGAGUUCUCUUGGCCUAUCAGUCAAAGCUGAGGGCACAUACUAAGUCAUGGGUGACAUGCUGGAGACAGUUCAGGUUUGGGACUCACCCAAUACCCCAGUGGAGGAGGGUAAGGAGGAUGUACUGCUGCGGGAGCUCUCGAAGCUACCAAUUGUGGAGCUCUGGAGGAUCCAGUGGGGUCUCAGUCAGUCAGCCCUGCUGCAGGACUUCCCCCCCAUCCCCCCACGCUGGCUGCGGUCUGCUGAUGCCUGCAGCACCGCCAAAACCAUGAUGAGGUGUUACCAGGAGGACAGAGCGCCAGCGGUGUUGGCCGCAGUCCAGACUCUAAUCAGCGGAAAUCAUCAGGUUCGCCCUGUACGCUUCACCAUGAUCCCCCUGAGACCUGAAUCAGAUCUAAAACCUGUCCAGGGCUUUGUGAAGACUCAGCGGCGGAAGCUUAUCAGCAGGAUCCAGAGACCCGGCCCCAUCCUGGAAGCCCUGCAAUGCUGCAGGAUCUUCAACACCUCAGAAAGGGAGGCCAUCGCCAUCUACGGAGCUUGCAAGGACAGGAACCGGGCUCUGGUAGACCUGCUCCUCAGGAAGGGGGAGGAAGCUCAGAAAGUGUUCUACCAUGCCCUUGGUCAAUCAGAACCCUUCUUACUGCAGGAGCUGGAAGAGGAUCACAUCAGGGGCAAGAAUGCCUCAGACUCAGUUGUCAUCAUGGAGAUGUUGGAGUUUCUGGUCACAGAUGAGCUCAAGUGUUUCCAGUGGUUGGUCAACAAAUACAUGACUGCAGAAAGUCACUCUCCUAUUGGUGGAGAGCAGUUGGAACACGCAGACAGACGGACGACGUGGAGACUUCUAGAAAAACUCUUUGGAUCCAAUCGGGCAGAACGUGUUGCCAUGGAGAUCCUGAUGAAGAUCGUGCCAAUGCUGUGUCUCUAUUUUCAAGCAGAAGCAGUGACAUCACUGACCUACUCUGACAUCAGGUUGGAGACAAAUACACCACAGGUUGAGAUUACACCUGAGGUCAGCGAGGAUGGGAGCAUAUUCAGGUUGCGCUGCCAGCAGCCCGGUGUGUUCAGGUGCAGUCUGACAGGCCUGGUGUUGGAGGGAUUUGGUGACGUGGUGUAUGAGAUGGUUCCCUGGGAUGUGGACUUCCUGUCCUCUAAAGGGCUGCAGGUGGCAGGAGCUCUGUUCAGGUUCCACCUGCUGACUGGGAGCUUCCAGCGACUCCACCUGCCGCAUUGCCAGCUACUCUCAGAUGGUGGUCGGCACUUCCUAUCUGUAGCUCAUGUCACUGGGGACUGUGUGGAUUUUAUCACUCCAGGUCAGGUGACCGAUAGUCAUGUGACAGUUGAUAUCUCAGGCUUCUCGUGCUUUGGUCUGGUGACACCAGCGCCCAGUGACCAGAUUGCUGGCCUGGUGUUGAUCUUCUCUCAACCCACUAAUUCCACACUGUUCAUCCUGCUGCUGCCCAGGAAUGUCUGCCUCACUCAGGUGAGAAAGGAGUGGAAGCGACGGAUUGGGGCUGAGUACAUCGAAGCUAUUCCUGACUGCGAACUGAUCCCAAAUCACACAUACAAACUGAUCGGAGAGCCCGUCACAGUCAUCCAGCCAGAGACAUCAAAGUUCGUGAACUUCAGAGACUACAACAACUUCCUGCCGUCAUUCCAGGUGCAGCUGAAGGCUGGAGCCACACAAGUGAGGCUGCAGCUCAGGAGUCAUGUGGCUGGAUCCCGUCUGAUUGGCUGGCUGUUUGGCAACAAAGAGUGUGAGGUCUGGGCCCGAGUCAUCCAGCUGAAAGUGAAGGUGCUGGACUUGCAGGAGGAAGAUGUGACCCUGCAGCUGCUGCAGAUGCUGAACUGUCUCGGUUCAGAGGAUCUGAAAACCUUCCAGCGCUUCCUGAGUCUCCGGACUGACCCGAUCUCCGUCAGCCGACUAGAGGCCGCAGACAGAGCCAGAACUGUUGACCUCAUGGUCCAGAAGUACCACGCUGAGGGAGCCAAGGAGGUAACCGAGGAGAUCCUGAGUAAGAUGAACUACAACCAGCUGGCAGCUGCUCUCAACAAGAGCUGAUCAAUCAGAAAACAGAUGUUUAAAAAAAAAAAAAAAUUAUAUGAUUAUUAAAUGUUUAUAAUUCUCUGUGUGAACAAGGUUUAGUGGUUUAUUUUUACAACAAGCACCUGUUUCAAUAUUUGAGAUGAAAUCAUCUAAAAUAUUUUUUCUUAAAUAAAAAGAGAGAAACUCUUAAAGUGACAACAACCACAUUUCUGUUUGAAUUUCCAAAAAUGUCACACGAUCAAGAACAGGAACACUGAUUGCAUUACAACUCCCCAAAACUAACAGGUCCGCGAACACCUCAUCAGGAAACGAGGUGUAAAAUCUCACCUGUAGAUGUCAGCAGAUUGUGGUUUUUUUCUGAUCACAUUAAGUAACUAUGACAGUAUUGCAAAUAACUUGUUUAUGCACAUUUUUGUGUGUUAGAGCCCCAACUUCAUUUCAGGAGAUGAGACUUGAGGUGAGGAGAAAGAGGAUUAGGUUUUAUUAAGAUCGUGGUGGCAUUGUCCCUUUCAUGUUUUUGUUUCUAUCUUCUUUAAUGAUAAAACAUAGAUUUGAUCCUUCAUAUCUUGAGUUUGAAAUGCAGAUAGGAAUUAAAAUGCCCCUACACCGCAUGCCAAUGCCUACCAUUUCUGUUCUCCUCCACCUCUGGUAUGGGGCCAGCCUAUAAUCGCUGUUCUGAUUAGGCAGAACAGCAAUCACUGUAUUCAAGAUGGUUGGGCAACAUGGCAGCUGCUAUCUAUUUUUAAUACAUUAAUGAUAAGUUUAUGAGGGUUCCUCAAUUUUUGAAAGAUGUAGUUACCCACAAAUCAAUGUAUAUUUAUGAGUACAGUAUUUUCUUCUAUUACAUAAGCAAAAAAAUUGACUGAGUAUACCCUUCAUCACAUCUGCAGAUGACAUUUUGUGUUAGUCUAGUGUAAAUGCUAGAAAACAAAGGAAACUGUUAGCAUAAGUGCAUGCUUUCUACACGCAUGCUCUUGUGGCUAAGACGACAUAUACUGGUUUAAGCCAAGGUGUAUGGCACCUUUACGUCGCUGCAACACCUUUUGCAGAAGUAGGCUGUUUAGUGGUGGGAGUGAGUAGCCCGUUUUCUGUUGUUAUUGUCAUGACUGAUGGAUGCUCAGUGUACACUCAAUAAAGCUGUGUUAUAACAAAUCACUGAUCAUUCUACACCUAGCUUUUUAGCUUUGGAUAAAACAGAGGGUUUAACAAAUUUUAGACUGACACUGAGGUUUAACCUUUUAAUAACUCCAGCCGUUUCCUCAGUUAAAUCAGAUCAACCAGUAAAAUACAACGUCACAGACUUCAUUAGAAAGUCGAUUUUAUUAAUUAUCAUAAAAACACUUAAGAAGAAUGACAGGAUGAAUAAUGGAUUUAACUCCGUAAAAUAUCUGAAAGUUAAAAGUCAGGCUCAUCUCUCAGAUUUAAGUUUAACUGAUGAAAAACAAACUCAAUGAAUGAAUAAAAUAUGACUUAAUUUUUUUCUUUCUUUUUUAUGAGAAACCUGUAAAUGUACCAAACAGAGUGAAAACAUCCUCAACUUUUCAGACCAUUUGAAGGUUUUACAUAAGAUUUCAUGUUUUCUGGAGAAUUUUAACAUUUCUUCAUCUUUAUUUUGGAAAGUGACGCAGUUCAGCGUUUCUAAGAAACAUAUUUGAAGAAAGAUAAAUAUUUGUUUAAUGUAGAUGCUGAAGAACGUAUCCUGGUCAAAAACGACUCAGCGAUUACUCACAGUGUUACUGGAGGCCAAGGUAAUGCCAUCCAGAGUAGCCAUCCUGCCAUCCUCAUAUUUCUAAGAUUUUCAGGGCUUGACUGCAGAUCAUCAUUCUCAUAGCAAUGUCCAUCACCCUGACUUUAACUUUUGAUGGAAACAAACUGGAAAUGCCAGUGUCGACACAGCAGGGGGCGCUGCUGCUGGGGUGGGGUGGCUGGGUUAAAGUCACAUAAGGGGGAUGGGUUCAGGCUCUGUGGGAACAUUUAAGGUUUCAUGUCUGUAGUGAAGUGAAUCUAAUAAAAACCUUCGGCAUACAGCUUACACUAACCAUGUUCAUGUGACAUGAAGAGGAGUUGCGCCUGUGUGAAGAACAACUAUGUUAUUGCAUGAACACCACCGUUUCUGCUCCCAACAGGAAACAGCUCUAUUGUUCAUGUUGUGUCUGGUGGUAUGUGUACUUCUUGUAAUUUUUUUAGAGAGUGGACAUGCUUUUUGUGCACCACCAGAGUUUUAGAAAGUUCCAGAAAUGCUCUUCAGUCUCUGUCACGGCGGCCGUUUUAACCAGUCAGAGGUGGAAACUGAACAUCAGACUCUGAUUUUAUAUAAAAAUAAAGAAUAAAAUCUUUAGAUUCACUGCAGCUAUUUUAAUUAUAUACAAACUUAUUUGUUUUGUUACUAAAUAUGUAAAAAUAUGCAAAAAUAAGUCUCUGGUUUUGUUUUAGGAAUAUGCACUUCUAUAAUACAACUGCUACAUUAUUCUGUAUUUGGCUCAAACGAAGAACUCAUUAAAUUCUGUGUACCUCAGGCUCACGUCCUGGUUUUCUUCUCUUCCUCAGUUUACAUAAUUUAUCUGACAGACUUUAGACUUCACAAGCUGUACUUGUGACUGAAAAACAUUAAAAGAUAAUAAUUUAUUUUUUUAUAUUUGAGCACUUAAUUGACAAAAAAACAUAUCACUCUUAAAGUGAUAAAUAUAUCAUAUUAAAAUAUUUUAAAUAGAUUGUCUUUGAGGUUUAGGAGUAAAAAACUCUGAAAAACAAACUGUACUCACAGUAAUACUAAUUCAAUACUAAUUACUAAUAUUACAAAAUAAUAAAUUUAGUGUAUAAAAUAACUGGGUUUUGAGUGAUUAUUCAAACUUUGAAAUGUGUGAAAUAAUAAAGGUUCAGGUUUGGGGGAUGUUGCCUGAUCUUCUGACUUUCAUUUUAAGAUUUAUGGAUUUAAAUUAGCAUAUUUUCUCAACAGUAAAUUUUUAUUUUAUAAAGUCAUUGAAACAAUUUCAUUUUUUCUUUAAUGUUUUCACAGGAUUUCUAAUUUUAGCUGGAAAUAUAAAGUGUUUGAACUCUAAGGGGUUCAAUAAUUUCAUCCAGCCUAAAAAUAUUGAUUAGGUAACCAAUCAUCUGAUUAGCUUCAGGGCUCUUUGAUGUUUUCUGUUUCUUUCAUGUUUCUCAAUCAACUUCUUUGAGAACUUGAGAAAGUAAAAAAAAAAAAUAAAAGGAACAAAUUUUUUCCUCACUGCUGAUUAGAAUGGCCGCCGUGUCGUGUGACCUUUCCAGA